UAAAAUAAAAUGUAUCAUGGUUGGGGCUGGAUAGUUCAGUGGUUAAAAAGCACUGGCUGCUCUUCCAAAAACCUGGGCUCAAUUGCUAACACCCACACACCCACAUGGUGGCUCACAACUACCUGUAAUUCCAAUUCCAGGGAAUCCGGCACCCUCUUCUAGCCUCUGCAUACGUGUGGCAUAUGUGUGUGUGUGUGUGUGUGUGUGUGUGUGUGCAAAAUACCAAAAUAAAAAUAAGUCUAAACAGACACACACCACGGUAUGUUGAAUUCUGCUAAGAGUAUUGCAAAGGUCUGAGAUCAAAUUAUUACCCCAAAAGACUCUCUACAGCUCCAGGGAAGUCAAGUUCUUCGUGAAGGGCAGUGUAAACAGGGGAUAUAAGAUCUCUUUCUGUGUGUCAUUAUCCCUUCUCACACAUAGCCUUCUUGGAGUCACUAGAUUACUGAAGACCCAAGAGAGGUUACAUCAGCCUCAUCUCUAUCUAGAAGCUGUUACAGUACAGGAAGGAAAAGAUACACUAAUUAAAAAAAAUUAAAAAGACGAUCAGUGUCUCCUACUAUAUUCAGUGAAAUGUAUAGUGAUCUCUCCCUGUCAGCAAGUUAACAUUCAAGGCUUCAGGAAAGACAACUUGUAAUUCAAAUCAGUUCUGAGCUCAUAUACCAUGUGGACUGCACCAGUAUUCUUUGUGACCCCAACCUGGGGCAGUCUUUAUUGUUUUAGUGUGGCUGUGACUCAGUUGCAAAACCUUCUAAUGGCUCACUAACCAUGUGUGAGAAAUGCCUGGCUGCAGGCUGGAGUCUCUAAAACCAGCAAUUCCCAAAACUUUUCUUACAUUUUCAGAUAGGUAAGUCUACUACCACUGUAGAAACGUGCACCUCAGCCUCUCCUCCUCCCUCCUAUCGUCUACACAUCGACACAGGUAUAUGUCACAAAGAAGGAGAGUCCAUAGAAAAAUGUGUACGUGUGUGCUAUGUAUGUUUAACGUCAGAACAGCUGUGAUGGCACAUGCUUAUAAUCCCUGUUCUUAGGAGGAGGAGGAGGAGGAGGAGGCAGGAGAACUGUGGAGAUGAUGAGCCUGAGCUACACAGUGAGGGCUUGUCUCAAAACAGCAAGGGUCAGGGAUGUAGCUGGAUGCGGAACACUUGCCUAGCACGGACAAGGUUCUGGAUUUGAUCCCCAGCAAAGAUGACAAAGAAUGAAGAAACUAAGCAGUAGGAUAGGAAAUUGUUAGCCAUGUCAAAAAUCACAUACAUAUUUCUAGUGUGUCUGUGUGGGAAACUGUCUUGAAACAUUCCAUGGGGAAAUAACAUGAAGUAGGUGUCCUGAGCUGUGGUUUUUGCAGUUUUACUACUUACUCCUAGGCCAUUUGGAUUGCAUGACAUUAUAUUAAACUUGGCAUCUCACAGGCAGUCCUUGAAGUUAAACUGGUGCUUUUCCCAAGCAUUUGCUCACUUAGCCCUGUUGAGUUCAACAUUUGUUUACAAAGGUGGUGUAUGUGUGUGUGUGUGUGUCUGCAAAGGUGGUGUGUGCGUGUGUCUGCAAAGGUGGUGUGUGCACACGUGUAUGUGUGUGCACGCACAUGCACGUGUACAAGUUCACCUUCCUUUCUUGAGACCCUCAUGUGGUCUGUCUUUCUGUCAGGCUUUCAAGUUAAUUGUUUCCUGUUUCUCUGAAUCUGUUCCUUAUCCCACCUCUCAGACCACCCUCUACACACUCCUACCCCCACUCUCUCCCCAGCCCUCGGACAACCUCGGAGAGGCUUGGAGUUAAUUUCCAAGUAGAGCAAUCUCAACCCCCAAACACGCCAUUCUUGUAAAGCCAGAAGUUGCUUUCCAUGUCUCCAGCUUUUUAGUGAGUCUUUGUUAUGUGCAGAUAGUCUCUUGAUUCUCUUAAUCCCAGAGUGCUGAGGCUCUCUGUGUGAUCAUUUGCCCACAAUGUUUAGCAAGUCUUUGUGACUGCUUGGGAUCUCUGGCAUCCCUUAGACAGUCACUCCUCCCAGGACUCCCGCCCAGAGCUUGCCUUUCCUAGCAAACUUGCUCCAUUGUUCCCGUAAUGGUUUUUCCCUAGCUAUCUCUCCCAUCCCUUCUCAUCAGUAUCAGAGCCUGUGGACUUCCUGAGUUGCUGCUAGAGUGGACUGAGUUUUAUAUAUAUUUUAUAUACAGAAGCCAUGGGUGGGCUGGGCUAGAGACAGGGCUCAGUGGUUCAGAGCACUGGCUAUUCUUCCAGAGGACCCAGAGUUUAAUUCCCAGCACCCACAUAGUGGCUAACAACUGUCUGUAACUCCAGUUCUGGGGUUAUUCGAAGUGCUGCCUUCUGACCUCUGUGAGCAGCAGGCAUGCAAAUGGUGCACAGACAUGCAUGUAGACAGAAUACUCACACACAUUAAAAAUAAAUAAUUUAGCCUUUAAUCCCAGCAGUCAGGAGGCAGAGGCAGGUGAAUAUGUGAGUCCAAGACCAGCCUGGUCUACAGAUCAAGUUUGAGGACAGCUGGGUACACAAAAAAACCCCGAAUGGAAAAUCAAACUAAUAAAUAAAUAAGUAAACAAACAAACAAUUUUUUAAAAGCCACUCCAGGUCCUGGGCCCUUGCUUCCUUAUCUCCAUGCUCAGAAAUCUUACCAAACUAGCCAUUUACAGUCCAGCCUUCCUUUCUCCAAAUCUUUUUUCAACACUGCCUGGAGAUUUGUGUUGACUCUCUUACCUAGUCUCGCUGACAUUGUUCAUCAUCAUUUCCCCCAUCCACACCUCAGUUUUUCUCUCCUGGCUUGUCACCCCAUGAGAGCACACACAUGAGAGCUUUCUUGACAGCUUUUACAGUCUGGAGUUCCCUGGCCAUCUAUUUUCAGUCCACUAGAAAGUAAAAGAGGAAAAAAAAUCAAAAAGCUCUCACAAAACUGGGACUAGCUUAGUGGCAGUGUGCUUGCCUCAUAAGCAUGAGACCCUGAAUUCCAUCCUCAGUACCUCAAAGAGGUGGGGGAAGUCCUUAGGUUGGAAUCUAUAGGUUUGUGCAUAGUGUAUGUGUACACAUUUAAAGCAAAAAAUGAGUAUACACACAAGACAGAGGCUCAGUUCUCUUUGGAGGACAGGAGCAUCUCAGGCUCUAGACAUUUGUUAGUAUGUUGAAUGCACCUCACUCUGCGACCGAAAUCUGUUUCUUUUUCCUGUGCAGCUUAAACAAAGAAAAGUCUUGAUGUUUAUUGAGGGUCUAGGUAACUACUUCCCAGUUAAGGAGAGAUUUUUUUAAAUUGUGCUUUCAUUAUGACUCCAUCUCCAUUUAUUGAUCAAGGGAUUUCUUGCCUCACUUAACUUCAUAAUCUGCUGAUCAGAUUAAGAAAAUGUGAAAACUAUUGUUUGGCAGCAUGAGUAGACUUUAAAGUGAUAGUUUGGAGGCUGGGUGAUUCAAAUACUAUAAUCCAAGAAAAGCGGCUAAUUGAUCAUGCAGAAUGUGUUUUUAUGCUUUAUUCUUUUUAUGGACUGAGUGUGCAAUGAAACAAAUCGGCUUAAAAGUUUAGUGGAUGUGCUGUUCUAGAAGCGGGGACUUCCUAGUGUCGAAAUAGCCAGCAGAAAGUACUAAAUCAAGGAAGGGACAGGAAAUAAUGCACAGAAAAAGUCAUAAACAAACAUAUGUCAUUAUUCAACGUAUUUUCAGCACCUAUUGUGCUAUUUUUUAAUGUAUGGAAUACUACAUAUAAGCAGCACAGUAAAUUCUCAGUCAUAAGAAGCAGAAAAGGUGUUAUUUAAUGCCCUUGAUUUGGGUAUUUCUCCUCUUACACCUUUAGUACCUAGUCUUUAGCUGCGCACUGGGAAGACCUGGGUUUACGCUUUACCUCCUACCUCCUACUUUGCCCGCUUACUGGUCGCCUUAUUCUCAUUAAUUCCCCCUCUUGAGGGCUACCAGGGAAGAGAGAAGAGGUGAACUUCAGGUCAGUCCAGUGUGCUUAGAAACAGAAGCAAUUCAAUCUCAGUACAAUAAAUUUAGAAGACCUGUUCAAAUUUUGUGUGUGUGUGUCAUUUAGGAAUUUGUUCUAGCCAACUGAGGGAACAUUCCUCUUAAUUAAACCCUGGACAUCUUUGAGAUUGAUAUUUUGUUUAUUAACAAGCAUUAUAAUAGGAAUUUUUUUCAGUCUCUGGAAGAUUUUAUUUAGCUCUUUUGAGACAGGAUUUUGCUACAUAGUUAAGACUAGCCUCAAUCUCUCUCUCUCUCUUUUAUUUCUUUCCAGACAAGGCUUCUUUGUGUAGCCCUGGCUGUCCUGGAACUCGCUCUGUAGACCAGGCUGGCCUUGACCUCACAGAGAUCUGCCUGCCUCUGUCUCCUGGGUACUGGGAUUAAAGGCGUGCGCCACCACCACCCUGCUAUCUCCGUCUCUCUUAAAAAAAAAAAGUGUCUUUUAUUACAUUUCUUUCACGUGUGUGUAUGCUGACAGGAGUCACAGGUUAACUCGCUGGAGGGAAUCAGUCCUCUCCUGCCAUGUGGUCCUGGGUCACAAGAGCAAGUUCCUUUAUGCCCUGAACUAUCACCACAGCCAUGGCCUCAAUCUCUUGACCCUUCUACUUCAGUCUCCCAAGAGCUAGGAUUCAGGCCUUCCCGACAGCAACUGGCCUGUUACUGCAGGAGUCUGUCUGAAGGACAAAGGAAAGGAAAUCGUGUGUUUGUACCAAUUACAUGAUACACUCUAAACCUGUUUACACUGCUGGGUUUUAUUGCUUAAAAUUACCCAGCGUGAUUUUACCCAGAAGUAAUACGCCCAUCCUAUAUACAGGGAAAGUGAGGCUCGGAAAUACUGUCUGACCAGACUCUCGGUUCGGUUCGCAAAGAAAACCCAGCCUAACAGCCUUCAAAGCACAAGCCCUUUGCCGAUGAGGACUGGUCCGUCCAAAAAACCUCCAUGGGAAACUCAUUACAGACAAAACGCUUUUACAGAAUAAAACAUGUCUAAGUCAAUGGCUGGGUGUGGGGGUGGGGUGGGGCGGGAACCAUGUUACUGUCGACAAGACCCUUCGCAGAACGGUCAACUCACAAUGGACAGAGCAGAUGGCGGAGGAAAUGGUGACAGCAUUCCGGCACGCUGGCCUAAGACGCUAAAAUGACUAUGUAAUAUUAGCGCAGCUGUGCACUUCUGUAGCACGAUCGUGACAACUGCUGGCCAUCCUCGCUGCAGACAGCUGCGGGCUCCGUUUACUUCUGCAAAGCUCACGCCUAGCCCUCCAUCGGGCGGGCGUCGCCAGCUGUCGCAGCACCCGCCACAGCCUCCGCUUUCCCACUCCCACGCACCCGCCAAGGCGGACGCGGCCCCGACGCGGAGGCGCGCGCCCCAGGCGCACGUGACGGGUCCGGGGAGGGCAGUUUUCAUUCUCCCCUCCCCCUUCCAGAAACCCCCGCCUUCUCCUCACAGGCCGAGGCUUUCGAUUGCGCCACCACCAGAGUGACCCCCAGGUCAGCCAAUCGAGACGCGGCACCUCAAGCAAGGCCCGCCCCCUGGUGGUCCUCAGGUUCCUUCCCGCUCACACCGGAGUCACUUCCGAAGAGAGAACCGCCAUGAAGAGAGUAGGGGGUGCCGCCCACCUCUGCACCGACAGCCUCCCCGAGUCCCAGCAGCAAGACGGCAACCACGCACCCAGCUUCUCCAGCCACAGCUCAUGCCGCCGUCGUCAGCGGCGCCGACAUGACAAGGCGCUGCAUGCCCGCUAGGCCAGGUUUCCCCUCAUCCCCAGCCCCGGGGUCGUCGCCCCCGCGCUGCCAUCUGAGACCCGGUAGUACCGCCCCUGCUGCAGCGGGAAAAAGAACAGAGAGUCCUGGGGACAGGAAACAGUCAAUCAUAGAUUUCUUCAAGCCAGCUUCAAAACCAGACAAACAUAUGUUGGAUUCUCCACAAAAAUCAAACAUCAAAUAUGGAGGAAAUGGAGUAUCCAUCAGUGGGACAGAGCAAUUUGAAAGGAAAUUAUCUUCACCAAAAAAACCUAAACCCAAAAGAAUGUCAUCAGAAGAAAGUCCUAUUUUAGAAGCUUUCAUGAAAGGUGGUAAAGAGCACCACAAAGAUCAUGGUGUACAUGAGUCACGGCGGCCUUGUAUGUCAGUAGGCUCUAAAUAUUUACUCAAAGGAUCAGGUAUCUAUGCUCCUUCUUCUUAUCGAUUGCCCAAAGAGAUGAAGACACGGAAGAAAAAACACCGGUCUCCAGAGAGAAGGAAGUCACUGUUCAUUCAUGAAAGUAACAGAGAGAAGAAUGACAGAGAUCGAGGCAAGACUAGUGAAGACUCCAGAAAGCAGGCCCCAGCGACAGAAGGUGACAUCUUCAAGAACAGCUCCAGAAGUGUUAGUAGCAGAAGCAGCCUAUCCCGGCACCACCCAGGAGAAAGCCCACUGGGAGCUAGGUUCAAGUUGUCAUUAGCUUCUUACUGCCGAGAACGAGAACAGAAGAAGUUGAGAAAGGAACAAAUGGAGCAGAGAAUCAACUCGGAAAAUUCUUUCUCAGAAACAAGCAAUCGUUCCUUAAAAUCCUCUAGUGUAGGGAAAAAAUGUAAACCAAGGCAUGAACACAGUAAACAGAAUGAUGUUAUCCCUGGAAAGAGCAAUCUUUCAAAUCUGGAAAAUGGACAUCUCUCAAGAAAAAGAUCAUCUUCAGACUCAUGGGAACUUUCAGGCUCUAAGCAGAAUAAACUCUCGGAGAAAAGAAAAAGGAACUCUGUGGACUCAGAUCUGAAAAGCACAAAAGAAUCUAUCAUACCAAAAGCAAAAGAGUCCUUCCUAGAGAAGCGUCCAGACACAUCACAUCAGAGAGAAAAGUUUAUAAGACACAUUGCACUGAAGACACCAGGUGGCGUUCUGCGCUUGGAAGAUAUAGCCAAGGAACCUGAUGGUGAAACAGAUCGUUCUUCUGCAGACUUGGCACCUUCAAAUUCUGGCCACCAUUCUUCCAGGAAUAGUGACCAAGUCCACGCAGCAAGUACCAAAGAGACUAAAACACAGAAGCCCCACUUCCCUUUACCUCAGGAAAAAUCUGCAAUUAAAAGAGCUAGCAACCUUCAGAAAAGUAAAACGGCUGGCUCUGUGACAUCAAAGGAGACAAAACUACCUUUACUUUCCCAUGUUCCAAGUGCUGUUUCCUCUCGAGUACCAUUAAAUGCUAAAAAUUGCACUCUUCCAGUUCCUAAAAAAGAUAAAGAGCGUUCCUCUUCUAAAGAACGUUCUGGGCAUUCUGCAGAAUCCUCCAAACACAAGGAACACAAAGCAAAGACUAUUAAGGCUGUUUCUAAUGAAUCUUCAGGGAAAAGUUCUGGGGGAUCUUUGCAUUCAGAAUACAGCCCUCCUACAGAGUCUCCCCCAGCUGCCUUGGAAGUUGUGCCGCGUGUCCCAAGCCCUGCAGCACCUUCAGAUAAAGAGAGUUCAGGAAAUUCCAAUGCAGGUAGCAGUGCACUGAAAAGGAAAUUCAGGGGUGAUUUUGAUAGUGAUGAAGAAAGUUUAGGUUACAACUUAGAGAGUGAUGAGGAAGAGGAAACAUUAAAAUCACUGGAAGAAAUAAUGGCUUUGAACUUCAACCAGACUUCUACAGCUUCAGGAAAGCCUCCUGCCUUUUCCAAGGGGCUUAGAUCCCAGUCAUCAGACUACAUAGAAUAUGCUCAGAGUGGAACUUAUACAAAUACUUUAGAGCGUCUUGUAAAGGAGAUGGAAGACACACAAAGGCUAGAUGAACUACAGAAGCAGUUACAGGAAGACAUAAGACAAGGCCGAGGCAUUAAAUCUCCUAUCAGAAUUGGUGACCAGGACAGUACAGAUGAUGAGGAUGGCCUCUUGGAAGAACACAGGGAAUUUCUAAAGAAAUUUUCAGUUACAAUUGAUGCUAUUCCUGAUCAUCAUCCAGGUGAAGAAAUAUUUAAUUUCCUCAAUUCUGGAAAAAUUUUCAAUCAAUAUACCUUAGAUUUAAGAGACUCUGGUUUUAUCGGAGAAAGUGCUGUGGAAAAGCUUAUUCUCAAAUCAGGAAAAACAGAUCAGAUUUUUUUGACAACACAAGGCUUCCUUACCUCUGCAUAUCACUACGUCCAGUGUCCUGUACCUGUGUUAAAGUGGCUGUUUCGGAUGAUGUCAGUUCACACAAAUUGUAUUGUGUCUGUACAAAUUUUAAGUACAUUGAUGGAAAUAACCAUUAGAAAUGAUACUUUCAGUGACUCACCAGUUUGGCCGUGGACCCCAUCACUGUCCGAUAUCGCAGCUGUGUUUUUAAACAUGGGCGUUGGUUUUGGAUCUUUGUUUCCUCUGGAGACUCUUCAGCCAGACUUUAAUGAAGACAAUCUAAUUUUUGAAACACAGAAAACACUAGGGGGAAGAGGAAGCGAAGAUUCAUCUUGUAAUCCCGUUUUUUCAACUCUUCCUGAGACCAACAUUUUAAAUGUAGUUAAGUUCCUGGGCUUGUGUACAUCUAUACAUCCAGAAGGUUACCAAGAUCGAGAAAUAAUGUUGCUGAUUUUAAUGCUAUUUAAAAUGAGUUUGGAAAAAGAGCUGAAACAGAUUCCGUUAGUAGACUUUCAAAGCCUCCUGAUAAAUCUCAUGAAAAACAUCAGAGAUUGGAACACAAAGGUACAUGAACUCUGUGUGGGCAUAAAUGAACUCUCCAGUCAUCCCCACAACCUUCUGUGGUUGGUGCAGCUGGUCCCUAACUGGACAUCUCGUGGAAGGCAACUGAGGCAGUGCCUCAGUCUAGUGAUUAUUUCAAAGCUUUUGGAUGAAAAACACGAAGAUAUCCCUAAUGCCAAUAAUCUUCAGAUCUCAGUCCUACAUCGCUAUCUAGUACAGAUGAAGCCUUCUGAUUUGUUGAAGAAAAUGGUCUUGAAGAAAAGGGCUGAACAACCAAAUGGAACUAUUGAUGACAGUCUUCAUUUAGAACUUGAAAAGCAGGCAUAUUACCUGACCUACGUUCUUCUUCAUUUAGUUGGGGAAGUUAGUUGUUCUCAUUCUUUUUCUUCUGGACAACGGAAACACUUCGUGCUGCUUUGUGGGGCUUUGGAAAAGCAUGUUAAGUGUGAUAUUAGGGAAGACGCAAGGCUUUUCUACAGAACUAAAGUGAAAGACUUGGUUGCCAGAAUACAUGGAAAAUGGCAGGAAAUAAUCCAGAACUGUCGGCCUACUCAGGGGCAGCUUCAUGACUUCUGGGUGCCAGAUUCUUAACACGAGUUACAGCAGCAGAAAUACAAAGCAAGAAGGGCCUUUCCAAGAGGGUUACUGUGGAUCCAGCAGAUGCUAAGGAACACAGCUGUGUGCCACUUGAAUAUGCAGUGUGGGGCUGGUGAUGAAGACUGCCGUUUCUGAAGCAGAUAUGAAAUGCCAUCUGCAGCUGACCUUAGAGGAAAGAAAGGGGCUCAUAAAAGAAGGGUGGGUAGACAGAGCUGAUAGAAGACCCCAGCCUACCCUCCCUAGCCCCUCGUUUUCAGCCAUUAUCUUGUUAGGUGGCUGCAUAGCACCUGGAUCAUCACAGCAAAUAAGAAGGAUAAGUGUGGACCAACUUGAGGAUUUGGACAUUGAAACGAAGGCCAAGGUCCAGCUGGUUUUCAUUUCCCUCUUGGUUAUUUUAGGAUACAAAGGGAAAGUCUAGAAUAGAGUUCUGUAAUCAGAAGUGUGGGUCUUUUCUGUAACUCCCUAAACCAGACAGUUUCAGUCCAUACAUUGUCCCUUUACUAUUCAAGACUAUAAAUCUGAGGUUUUUUAAAUAUAUUUAAAGUCAAAUAAGAAACAGACAUACUGUCAGAUUGCCCUUAGAGGAAGAGAUAAAGCUACAAAGUAGUGGCUGUUUUUAAAAUGCCAGAACAUUCAUAGGCAGUUUGUUUAGGAUUUCUUGUAAAUGCAUAUAUUUUUAAAAUACUGAUUCAAUCAUAAAAGCUUAGCCAGAAUUCUGGCCAUUGGUAACUAUAUUACAGAAGUCUCUGUAUAAAGGCUUAAAAAUCUGGAAGUUUCCAAAAACCUUGUUCCCACAGUAUAUAAUUUAUCAGAGACCUUGAUGAUGUUUAUUUUGGGGACACUGUGUGUGUGUGUGUGUGUGUGUGUGUGUGUGUGUGUGUGUGUGUGUGUGUGUGUUUGCGUUUGCUCGAGCGUUUGUAUCUUGAAGUUGUUGCACUUGAAAACCACAGCUGCUCUAAAUUCUUUUAAACACUGGAAAGCCAUCCUUUAGUUUAGAUGGUAGAGGGUUAGCAGAGGUGCACCGCUAGAUUGAGCCCGAGGCCCUUUGAAACCUUUGGUGGUAACACUCCUGCUGACCGUUGUCUGUCUGGAGAGGGUUUGCUUCCGGAAAGGAAUGCUUGUUCUUGGAAAACUGGCUUCAGUGGCUUGCUCCCUCCUGAGCAUGCUAAUAUCUGUGUGGGUCCAGGUGAGGCUGGAAAAGGAACUGGGCUCGAUGUUUAUGGUUUGAGAGGAGAAAAUAAGUUCUGAGAGCUAACUUUCUACCUCUAAAUUGAGGCUUAGGAAUAAAAACCAUUUUAUCUUAAAUUUAUCAUUUAAAAUAACAUUAGUAACUUUUGAGCUCAUGUCAAGCAUUGGGCAGUUAGAGAUUUUAUAGGGAAGACUAAACAAAUCAAAUUUACAAGAACUGAGGCUGAUUGAGGCUCCAAGAGUCAGACCAACAAAAGUUUUCUUCUGUGUUGAGUUUACCGGUAAGAAUAGUAUAUUGAUGCUACCUCUCAAGGGUAUUAUUACAAAAUGCCACUAUGGUUACAGAGAUAGAUACAAAGAGUUAUAUUUGACAGAAGCUUGAAACUCUGGCAUCUAUCUGCCCAACAAUGGGGGCUUUCACUCUGUAAUUUAAUACCUUGUAGAUACAUUAUUUGUGUGUAAUUUUAUAAGUGUUCAUAUUUUUCUCAUUUUGCAUUGUGUAAAGUGUACAAAAUCUCAAAGUAUAAAAUCUGCUUAUAUUGCUUGUAAUUACAGUGUGUAAAUAUUUUCUAUUGUGUACAUUGACGGGGACAAGUGGGUUAUUCAGGUUUUUAAGUGACCCUUUUAUAUUGCAGUUUCAACUGAUAACCACCCAUCAAAUUUAAAACCACUUUGAUACAUUCUUAUUUAGCAGUUCCAAUAAGAGUAAAAUCUCUAUUUUCAAUUGUCUUUCUCCAUGAGAGAAAAAUACUUUAUCCUUCCCUUUAAAAUAAAUGGCCAGAUAUCAGUUUAGGCCCUUGUAUUUAUGACUCUGGUAACAGUCUUCAGUCUCCAGGUCAUAGUCCAGUUAGUAUUUGCAUUUGGGUUCUCAUAGAAACUUUGUGAUUCUAUUUUAGCGCAGUAGCUCAUGAUUUUUCUCCCAAAUCAAGUAUUUCCAUCUCCUUCCAAGUCCCCAUGCUUUAUCUCCCUCCCUCCGGCUUUGUUGCCCAGAAAAUGGGAUGGUAGAGAGGGAGAAAAUGCUCCUUGCACAAAGACUGUCAGGCCACAUUUAGGACUUGGCAAACAAAGCUUGCACUGAGUGGUGGUGUGUUUGGCAAUCUUACUGUGCCAAAAAUCACCUUGUCUAAUUUUCUGGAUGUGUAUGUCAAACUUAUUACCCUUACUGCAAGCUGAAAAUUAAAGUACUUGUGUUUAUGCUUUUGUGUGUAACUGUUGGCCUUUUCUAACCUGCUUUUCUUGUUAUCUGAAAAUACAGUUCUAUAAUGUUACGUGAAGAGGCUCCGUGCACAAAUCAUCUGUGUAGCACUGAAGUCAGCAUCUGUGCAUUUUUUUGUCUUGUCUUCUCCUGAUGGCAGUGGUGCCUUUGUCACCUUUUGGAAGGUUGACAUUUUGUUUUUGUUUUGAGUGCAAGUAGUAGCUUGCUUUUGACUUCACAAAAAAAAUAUAUAUAUAUAUAUCUCCCCAGUAAAAGAUAGAUAACAUAGUGUGUUACCAUCCGGGCUCUAUUGAAGCAUUUGCUUCCCCCUCCCCCAAUCAAAAUAGAUACAGUUGGUGGGGACUGGCCAGUAAUAAUGUGUGGAGUCUUUAAACCAAGAGUAAUUUUUUACAUUUAAAAAUGACUCGUUGACAAGCAGCUGAGUUAAGUGAACUGACUUGGCUUGUCUCUCAGGAGGCAAUAGGGUACAAGUGGUGGGCAUGCAAAUCAGUGCAGUCCCAUCUCAGUGGGUGUGAGCACUCGAUGGUGCCGGCACACCUCAUCAUCUGUGUGUCAGUUUCCCAGGGCAUUGUGUCAGCCAGUUAAUCUCCUAGCUCUUAGGCAGUAAAUGCAAUGUUUCCUCCUCAUUUCCCCCCUUUCUUUAAGAUUUUAUACUAUGUCUUGUUUAAAGGCCUCUGAAUGUAUGUGUAUGUGUUAUUAAAACUUUUUUCUCAGUUGAAACGUA